AGCGACAUCUGCGCUAAAAUCCUUAAAUCCAGGAAGGUCACCAAAUCGAAAAGUGGCAAAAAAUUGAGUGGCAAAAAUCGACAAAUGACACGGGUAAACAAGGCAAAAACAGCUGCUGUGGGGAUGGUGGGCGGGGAUCGUUAGUGUGUCUGUGGGUAAGCGUGAAGUGGCGUCAUUUUUCGUGUCGUGUGUGUGUGUAGUUUAUUAGAACAUGCAAACAAGCAGUUCCAAUUACAAUGACAUGCAUUCAUCUAAUAUUUAGGAAUGCCUUUCCCGUUACGGGAGGGGGCUGGGAACCGAACUUGGUACACCAGCCGUAGCCGAUGGCUACUGUGCGGGACACCAACACUCGCACAAUUGGCGCACAAUCAAUUGUUUAUGCGCAACAGCUGAUGUCGCGAACUGAGGAACAAAUGAAAGUGCACAGCAAUAAGGAUGAAAUUAAAUGACAAGAAACAAAGGGGUCACUCUGGCGGGAGCGCACUGUAACUAGCAACGCAGCCUUUACUCUCGAUCCUAAUUAACCAGUUUCGCUAUUGCACGGUACGUUGAUGUCAUUCAAGAACAGUGUGAGGGAAAAAGUGCGAGCAAGCCUUAUAAAGAAACGCAAACAUAAACGCAACGCAACGCAAACAUUUGUGGUGAAAAUCUAAUGAAAAUAAUACAAUCUGAAAAAUUCGUCAUAGCUCGAAAGACAGACAAAGAAAGGCAAAAGAGAGAUUUCUAAUCAGCAACAAAUCAAGCACGGGUGAAUGUACGCGAAAACGCAAAUCAAACAAUUUGCGUGGGGCUUUUCCUAUGCUAUUUUGUAGUUUUUUUAAACAAAAAAAGUCUAAGUCAAAGCCUAAAGUCCAUCAGUAAAGGACAAAUUAAAAUUGUAAUCAGCAAUAUUCCGAAAUUUUUUAUUUUCCUUUGUAAUUACUACCUGUAACUGUAAAUUGCUGUUAGCUGGCUAGAAACUUCCAUUGUACGUACAGAUUUUAGGUAAUAUAUAUGCGAAUUUUGUUCAAAAUAAUUAAAGCCUUCGUCAUAGGACGAAGAUCAGGCAUUUAAAGAUAUAUUGUUUAAGACUGGGUCUUUGUUUGUGGUGAGAUAAGGUUUGAUUUUGUGUGUGUAAUCGAGGUUCUUGAGUUUGUCGUUAUUUAUUUGAUAACCAGCGCAAUUGCUCAUCAGCUUUAAUUUUAAUGCAAACGACCGUAAGUGCACUUUUGCCUGAUCAGUAAAUUUAUUUUCGAUGCCCCGUGUAGGAGAAUGACAACGUUUAUUUUUCUUAAACACUGCGUUUGUUUACUAACAACGCGAACACAAAAACAACUCAGCGAGUAACAACAAGCAAGAGACCUGAAUGCGGUAUCGCAUAACAAGGGGCCUAGUAACCUUGGGCCCAUUUUAGCAUCGUUACGCCUUUGGCGGGAACUAGUUUGUGUUCCAAGAGAACUAAUAGUCAGAAAUAGCAACAACACGUGUUGCGCUCACUGAUCACAUUGCUGUGGUAGUCUUAUCGCAUGGAGCGUGCGCUCCAAGCCAACUAUGUGCCAAAAAUCAAUCGCAAUAAUUGGCAGAGCUCAGCUUGCGAAGACACAAAACCGGUUUUAAAUGUGGCGCUAAAAAUUCGGGCCACCAGCAAUUUCAAACUAGGACUGCGAACAUCUGGCAGCCUCGCCAUGUUUGCGAGUAUGGGCACACUGGAAAAUGCGGCACUGCUGACAUUGAAAAGGCGAGAAUUAAACGAUAAUUGAUUGCAGUUUGAAAUAGGAGCGAGAGAGUGCAUGGGUAAAAAUCAAUACAGGGAGAAGCACCGAUGGAGCAGCGCGCCAACUUCCUGGCUCUGACCCUCCUGGACGCCCUGGAGGACGAGAACGAGGCGGAUAUAAUGUCGAUGCUGGAGAGGAACAGCAUAAAUGCUGGCAUCGUGCCCUGCGAUCGAGGACUGGCUCCCUUGCACUACGUGUGCGGCAUGCGAAACGGGGGACUGGCCCAGCGAAUCCUGGAGCGGUUUCUCGAGUGUCCCGACCUCGACGUGAAUGCCCUGUGCGACGGCCAAACCACGGCGCUGCACAUCGCUAGCAUUUAUGGGCGGACAGAACUGGUUAGGAUGCUGCUGGAGCGCGGAGCUCGCGCAGACCUGGCUGAUGAGGAUAAUAAGCUGCCAGUUCACUACGCCAUUGAGGAGUGCCACUUCGAAGUGCUGCAGCUGCUCCGGGAUCACAUCUUCCUCGAGAGGCAGAACCAUAAGAAGCAGCAACAGCGAGUCCAGGUGGUCAACGCUCUAACACCCAAUCAGCCGAGGUACAAUCACGAUGUAACUUCCCCGUACUACAUUAAUAUCACUCACAGACGGCAUCGACCGCAGCCGAAGUUUCCGGAGCCAACGGAGGUGGAGUGCACCGACAUUCCGGUCCUGCCGGAUGGGGAGUCUGUGAACCUGUUUGCCCUCACUGAAGCUCAUCUUACCCAACUCAUCCAUAGCCAACGGCAGCACCAGCCGGAGGAUCCUUAUCAGCCAAAGCGGCGAACUCUUAUUGAAAGCUGGCGCGAGAAAGUGGAACGCUCGCGCGCCCGCCAGUCCCUGUUCCACCAGUAUGAUGAGCAUGUGGAAGCGCUGGUGGAUGAUGCUAUUAGUCAGGAGGAUUUCAACUAUAAGGAGCACCUGCAGAAGAAGCUCAGAGUCGAGAACAAUCCGAAAAAUCUGACAGAGGAUGCUCCAACCUCGGGUCGUCAGGUGUUCGAGAUGCUAGUGGAGCGGGUCUCUCAGGCUGUCGUUGUGGACCCGGAACCCGAGCACAGUUUUUUUACAGCUCAGGGCGACGAGGAGGACUUGACGGAGAGCUCAGCACGCCAGGAUGAGUACUUUCUGCAAAUCAAGGAGGCCUACGUUCACACCGACGACGAGAACGGAUUAGUUUUCUACGAGGCGAAAUACCUACAGAACAGGGACAGGCGGGAACCAGUCGUGCAAACUCCCAAAGAGAGGAAGCACGAUUUGGAAAGCUCCGUGAGCACUAAUUAUACCCUGCCAUUAGACUACGAAACGGACGCCCUGCGCCGGGAGUUGACACAGCUAGGUGCUCCGGUGGGUCCCAUUACCAAAACAACUAAGCGGCUGUACAUCAAGCAGCUAAUCAAAUACAGGCGCAAUACGGAGGCGCUGCUGGCCGCCCAAAAGCACGCCCAGGAGGCGCAGAUCCGAUACUCGGUAGAGCUUCAUCGCACCCUGCGGUCGCCAGAGGACUUUGCGAGGAUCAAUGAUUACUUGCCGCAUGAAGCAACCUCUGCAGCGCAUUUCGCAAAGUGUGGGGUGACAAAAAAGAACAUGCGAGAGGGGCACCUUAAACAGAGCUUCAUCUACAUGUUGAUCGAUCCACGCAUUUCUCGGAAUUUGCCUGGGGAGAGCGCUUUUCUCGAAAAGUUCGGGGUUUGGCAGCGUUUUCUGGACUCAAUUUUUUACAUAGGCAAGGGCAAAUCUUCGCGACCGUACGCUCACCUUUACGAUGCCAUGCGGCAGCACACACGCCUUCACCAGAAGCGCGAAAAGGAUAAGACAAAUAGGGAACGCGGAGGCGGAUUCCGCACCCUACAGCCAGAUGUUUUCCGCUCCCCGCCACCGGGUGAUGGUAAGAUGGGAAGCCGUAAGCUGGAGCGCAUCCUAGACAUUUGGCAACAUGGCAGUGGAGUCGUUUGUCUGCAUGUCUUUCACAACAUCUUGCCAAUUGAUGCAUACACACGCGAAGCGUCCAUAAUAGACGCUCUGGGCUUGAAUCACCUUACCAAUAUAAAGCGCGGCGACUACUAUGGGCCAGCUCAGUCUUGGACCAUGAAACAGAAAAAACAGCUGGGAAUAGCGCUGCUUUUCAAGGCCAUGCACAUCUAUCUGGCGGAGGGAGAAUCCCAGUUGUCGCCAAGCGACCUCCUCUGAGAACGGGAAUAAAAUGUGGUGUCGAAAAAAUAUUUACAAUUAGUACAAAGUGGAACGGCGCAUCUCGAAUAUUCAAAGAUUGAUCUCAAGAUUAAUUACAUUUAGAAAAUGGACAGAAUAAAAAAAUUGGGAAAAAAAUAAUAUGUUUGAAUUCAAGCCAACAGUUUACAAAUUUAAUUCCAUCUGGUCCAUUAGCGGUAGCAUUUUAAAUGAUUUACAAACUAUUAUUAUAUUAAUUUUUAGUCAAAUAGUUAUGCAAUUUGGAAAGGUAUAUUGUACACAGAUUAAUCCCAAAUAAUAAAAUACAUUCAUUCAAA